CACCCCCCUCCCCACCCAAACCUUCACCCCGCCCCACACUGUAAACAAAUCCAGUAAGGCGCAGGUGUGUGUAUGGUGACCUGUUGCUGAUACCUGUAGCCACCUCACCUGUUCCCUCAUCUCACCAUGACCUAGAUAAAGAGAAAUAAUGAUAAACGCAAGUGAAGGUGGUGUAAGAGUAAGAGAAGGCAGUGUAGAGAGUACUGAUGAUGAACGAGUCCCACACUCAAGAAUUAGUUCUCUGGAGGUUCGUGUACAUCCUAUGGCAGCUUCAGUUGAGCCACCAGGGGCCAUUGCAGUAGACACAAAUGGAGAUGAGGUCUUCUCUCAGGAGGCAGUAAUGAUUACAGAGUGUGAUGGAGAGUCCUAUAACACAGCCGCCACACUUCACUACUGUCGAAGAAUGAUACUCAAACCUCGUGAUAUUAUCUUUGCCGUCCUAGGAUAUCGCUCAUGGAAUAAGGAUGGUGCUGAACAGUCUCUCUGUUUGAAGGUCUUCAAUGUUGUAUACUUUAUCUUCUUCUUACUUUGCCUCUGCAUAGGACCAGUUCUGCAGUACAACAUUUGCCUCAAGAGGGAUCAAGGAGUAGGAAAUGAUGUGCAGAUCCAUUUUGGAAAUUCUUCUGUGUAUAGUGAUGGAGACAGUCAUUUGUGCUCUGGGAGUUUGAUCUUUAUCUACAUCGUUCCCAGUCUCAUGUUUUUUUUUGCCUUCUUGGUAACAUGUAUCAUUCUUAGGUUGGGGGAGUCAGAACACCUGCAGACAUUAUUAGAGAGGGUAUAUUUGUUAGCUUCAUGUUCUCCGUGGGAGUUGGUGAAGCAGCGUCGCCUUUGGUGUAUUUUUGUGGGGUGGCUGAUGAUGGGCGUUAUGUGUUUGACUCUCUCCCUGGGUUCCAUGAUCCUCCACCUGUCUGCAGCUACACAAAUUUCAUAUACCUUCAUUCAGCCUCAGAGUGAGACAGCUAAAAUUCUCCUGUGUGGUGGAGCCCUGGCAUCACUCUGGCUGGAGGACAUUGUGAUGGUAACUGCUGUACUGUUGUACUGUACACAGUGUCACUUGCUCUCAAGGCUUCUGGAGAUCAUCAGAAUGACAUUGUAUCAGGGUGCAACUUCACUCAUGGGCAUUAAAAAGCAAAUUGAUGAAACUUCAAGAUUUCUGCGUCACCUGAAUCAAGAAUUAGGGUCAAGUGUUGGGUUAUACCUUUGCCUCGCAGCUUUUAGAGCAAUUACAGCUUCAUCAAGCCUCUUCUCUACAAUAAAACAUUAUGAAUUGCCAGGAAUGUCAGCAGCUCUUGCUAGUGGUAGUAUGCAUAUAGAUUCUAGAAAUAGCCAAGGAUUUUACACAUUUGAGUACACAACAGUGGAGGAAGCUAGACUGUGGCUUCACAUCUCAGCAAUUAUCACCAACCUCUUACCAUGGCUGCUGCUUACCAUCAUGCCCCUUUGUAUGGCUGCCUGGGUGUCCAGUAAUUACCGGGCUCUAAGCAAGGCUGGGAGCCAAUUGCAUGGUCGACCCUUUGGCUACCAGUCAACACCUCAACCAGACAUUGAUUCCUUCUUAUUGUAUGUUUCUAGUUUACAUUUGCAAGCCAAGAUAUUAUGGAUUCCUGUUCGGACUUACUUCCUCGUGUCCAUACUAGUUCUAACAGUCAUGACCAUUGUGGUGUUGAGCUAUCUGUACCUGUGACAGUUUUGUUAAUGAGAUAAUUUACAAAUUAGUUCAACAGUAAUGUCCAAAAUAGGAUUCAAGGCAAUUUUAGUGGUUGUAGCUAGAGCCAGGCUUUACGACACAUUAUUAUACUAUACCGGUAUAUAUCUAAUCAAAUUGGCCAACUACAUCAUUACUUUGGUAACACACUCGCACUACCACUUCCUUACAAUUUGAUCUCAAUACUGUACUAUAAAUACUCCUCCAUUGAAAAUGUCCUUUAACACACAAACCUUUUUAAUCUGCUUACACAUUACAUUGCUUUACAAAUUAGAAAUAUAUGAUUUUUUAAAGUGUGAAGAACAUAUCAUAAAUUUUGGAAGAUCUUUUGAUGCAGCUUAAAUGUUCUCUCAAAAGAUGUGUUUAAAAGCAUAAUACUACAGGAAGUGGUAACUCAACUGAUACACAUUAUUGCUACGCUUCCAUUGAUUUGCCAAAGGUAUUAUAGUGUUAUUAUGAAUAUUUUUAUUUCUUGCUUUAGUGCAUCUGUAUUAAAAAUGAUCACUAAUAGCAAUAAUAUAUAUAAAGCAAGAGGUUUUUCUUAUCAGUGAGAUGAAUUUGUCACACUUAUUAGUCAAGGUAAAAAUGUCACAAAUGAAAAUAUUGGUGAAGACUUUUCAUAGUCUGUUGUUCAAUUUACCUGGAGAAACGUCAUAAAAAAUUUACGAGGUUCUGUUAAGGGUUUGAACAUACAGUGUAGUCUUGCCUUUGUGAAAGAUGUAUAGUACCUGUUACUAUUUCCUUACUGUACUUUUAUUGUUUACACAGGUCCCUGCACAACUUUAUGUUCAGUUGGAAGAAUCAACUUUUAUCACAAAUACUGAAGACUCAUUGAUCUAUUACACUUUAAAACAAAUGCUCCUCACAUACUUUUGAUCAUAUUGUUUGCAAGCUGUGAUAAGAUAAGAAUUAUUAUAUCAUGGAACUGUUUGUAAUACAGUAUCUCCAUUUUUAUAGAUUUUUUUCAUGAAAUGUUUCUGCCAUUGGACUGAACAUCAGCAUUUAAGAGGUCUGGUACACUGGAUCAACACUACUAUUUAGAUCUAACAAUACUUGCAUGGCAAUAAUUAUUACUACAGGUAAUUGAUCCAUAUUCAAUAGGGAUAUUCCCAUAUUUUAAUUUGAUUAAUCCAUUAUGUAAAAUAUACAACAAUUUAUAGAGUUUAACUACAUCUGCGCUACACUAUUGGCAAAAUCUCUGCAAAAAUCAAUUUGGGGCGAGAAACCUUCAUCCUUAGUGUACAGUAUCAAUGAUUUGUAUGUAUUUUAAUGAAUACCCAAGGUUGGGCGGCGAGUUUCUCAGGAACACGCCCAGAAUCCUCAAAGACAAAGGAGUUAACAUUACUUGCCUCACCUGAUUUUAGUGAGAAUGAUACAUUCUUGAUUUUGAAAAGUAAGACCACUGUUAUAAUAUAUAAUUAUCUAAUGUACUGUAUGUCCUGGGUGUGUGAAUUUCUUAACAACAAGGUGAAGUGCUGUAUCAACGUGAAGUAUCUUACUGUAGCUCAGACCUUUACUGCUGACAUAAAGGGAGGAUUGAUUAUAGAUCAGAUUUAAUAGUUUUUAAUAUUGUAUAUUUAUAUGGAGGAAUAGGCAGGGAUGUACUUGCAUUAAUUGUAUUUACCAAGGUUUCUUUUUAAAGCUGCUAUGAAUACUGGAAAUACAUAGUGAAUGUACUGUAUAUGGAUUAGUUCUUAUUAGACUUAUUUAUAUAUAUAUAUUGUAUUGUAAAUUUCAUUUUACUAAAAAUUAUGUAACAUACAUAGAGGAAUACAAUUGAUUGCAUAGGCUGUGAUUUUAUGUACUGUAAGAAGAAUGGUAUACAAUACAGGUAUUUCAUUACAUGGUGCUGAUCAGUAGUGUUGAUCUAUUUUAAAUGUAAAUUUUUUUUCUUAGAUUAAAAUUUUUGAAAAUAAAAAGUUUUGAAAAUU